AUGGCGAAAACAUUGCACAUAGUAUUGCUUUGUGCAACCAUAACAGCGACAGCAGCGUACCAUAGACCAGACUUACCCCCAGGACCCUAUUGUGGACAACCCUCAAACAAUCAGUGCUGCAGGGAUAGGAAAGAUGACUGCUCGCACAGAAUACUUGAUACCCUGUGCUACUGUGAUGAAUUCUGUAAUCGAACCCGAGCCCACGACGACUGUUGUCCAGACUAUGAAGCCGUUUGCUUGGGCAUCCAGCCAGAUCCCGGUUUCCUUAUCCAGCCGUGUAACUACAGAAACAAGCAGUACUUCCCUGGAGAUAAAAGAAGUGACAACUGUAAUACUUGUGAAUGCGUGAUCACAAAUGAAGUGACACUUACCACAGAUUGGAAAUGCGAGAGAGAUGCUUGUUUGAUGAGUGAGGACGUCGUCUAUGGAGUGAACCAGCCAGGAAUGAGCUGGCGAGCGUAUAAUUACUCGCAGUUCUACGGAAAGAAGUUAAAAGAUGGACUCAUUUAUAAGUUGGGAACAUUUCCUCUGAGUCGUGAGACGCGAAGAAUGGGUGCGAUCCGCUACGACAAAAAUAUUGCGUACCCUCAGAACUUCGAUGCUCGCAGACGCUGGCCAAACUUCAUAUCAGCCGUGGUAGACCAGGGGUGGUGUGGCUCCGACUGGGCUGUCUCCAUUGCUGGUGUUGCUUCCGACAGAUUCGCUAUCCAAUCGAACGGCGCAGAAGCUCUAGCUUUGAGUCCACAGACCCUACUCUCGUGUAAUCUCCGUCAGCAACAGGGCUGUAGAGGCGGUCACAUCGACAUCGCCUGGAACUUUGCUAGAGGGCACGGAUUGGUCGAUGAAAGAUGUUUCCCCUACAAAGCGGCAGUUGUAAGAUGUCCAUUCAGACCGAGGGGGAACCUGAUUGAAGACGGCUGCCGGCCACCUGUCAGGCAGAGAACUUCAAGAUACAAGGUUGGGCCUCCUGGGAGGUUAAGCAAGGAAGCAGAUAUCAUGUACGAUAUAAUGGAAUCAGGACCAGUACAGGCUGUAAUGACAGUGUACCAAGACUUCUUCCACUAUCGAGACGGAAUCUACCGUCACAGCAGACAUGGUGACAAUACCUUGCAAGGACUCCACAGCGUGAGAAUGAUCGGCUGGGGAGAGGAGCGAGGUGACAAGUACUGGAUCGUAGCCAACAGCUGGGGCCCGGAAUGGGGCGAGAACGGCUACUUCCGUAUCGCGAGGGGCGUGGACGAAUCCGGAAUCGAAUCCUUCGUGGUGACGGUUCUGAGUGACGUCACAGAGGCUAACCAAAAGAAAUAA